AAUUGAUAGUUAGCAUGAUUAAGUUUUUUUUUACACCCUCAUCACUCCACAAUGCUAUGUUAUGUUAAAGCCUGUAUGUAAGACACGUUAGCCAAGCAUCGACAGUGGUCAUAAUUAAUAGAAACCUAGCCCUCCGCAGGGCUAACGUUACUUCAGAACAGUAACGUUAAUCUUAUUUAUUAGCGCUUAGCGCUCUUUAUUAGCGCUUAGCGCUGUACUGCUUUAAGAUGGCGGCUGUUCACUAAAGCUGCCCAGACGCGGCCGAGUCUGUCAUUUAGCAUCUAGUUCAACAUACAUGUGAUCUCUAUGAGACGCAUGAGACGCUACCUGUACCAACGUAGCAUCGUGCGGGCUAGUAUUUAGCAACGUCGGCGUCGUUUGUGGCGGCUGUCGGCUGCAGUGAUGGGAGUCCUGAUCCUUCGUGGUGUCACCCAAAGUGGCGUCACCAGCCAAAGGGUUGGUGGGAGUAGGGAGCAAAGGGGAGGGGCAGCAGAACAGAACCCUCACGGACGUCUUUUUUGCUUCAUCCGCAGCUGACACGAGAUCGACCGCAACAGGCCCUUUGCUUCCACAGCGACAAUGGCUUCAACCAUGCUAAAAAUAACAAACACAGGCUGCACUGGCCUUCUAUUACUAUUAGGCCUACUUGUCAGUAUGUCAGGAGGCACCGACACCACGACCCCCUCUUCUUCUUCUUCUUCGACACCAGCCUCGACAUCCAUAGUAGACGCUACCAUGCCGUGGUCGUCCUCUGUGGCUCCCUCUACCACAGGCACGCCUUUAUCCACAGCGAGCAUUAGCACACAACCCCUGUCCGCUGGAACAAGUGCUGUUGUUUCUACACAUGUAGCUUCUGUCAGUUCAGUCAGUGAGCCUAAUACAGGAACUCCCUCUGCCUCUUCCAUUUCUGGCACAACCACCACCAUGGGCAUGAGUUCAAACACUGGCUUAACUACCAUGAUUUCCAGCAUCAGUACCAUGCCCGGCGCAUCCGUGACCACGACGCCAAACACUGGCUCGACCACCCUGAUGUCCACCAGCCCCACCAUGUCCAGCGCAACCAUGACCAUGAACCCAAACACUGGCUUGACCACGAUGAUGUCCACCGUUGCCACCAUGCCCGGCGCAACUACAGCCAUGAACCCAAACACUGGCUCGACCAGCAAGAUGUCCACCGUCACCACCAUGCCCGUGUCCAGUGCAACCACAGCUCUGAGUUCAACAUCGAUGAUGUCCACUCUCAAGACGUCCUCCGCUCCCACCAUGUCCGAUGCAACGUCGACUACAAACCCAAAUACUGGCUCAACCGCGAUGAUGUCCACUGUCACUACCAUGUCUGAUGCAACCACGACAAUGAACCCAAACACUGGUUCGACCACGAUGAUGUCCCCCAUUGCCAGUACCAUGUCCGAUGCAACCACGACAAUGAGCCCAAAUGCUGGCUCGACCACGAUGAUGUCCACCAUUGCCAGUACCAUGUCUGAUGCAACCACAACAAUGAAGCCAAACACUGGCUCAACCUCAAUGAGGUCCACCGUCACUACCAUGUCUGACGCAACGCCGACAAUGAAUCCAAACACUGGCUCGACUGCAAUGAUGUCCACUGUCACCACCAUGUCUGAUGCAACCACGACAAUGAACCCAAACACUGGCUCGACCACGAUGAAGUCCACCAUGGCCAGUACAACGGCUGAUGCAACCACGACAAUGAACCCAAACACUGGCUCAACCUCAAUGACGUCCACCGUCACUACCAUGUCCGAUUCAACUACAACCAUGAAGCCAAACACUGACUUGACUACGAAGAUGUCCACCGUCACUACAAUGCCCAUGUCCGACGCAACCACGACCAUGAGCCCAAACACUGCCUCCACCCCGAUGAUGUCCACUACCAAGACGCCCACUGCUUCCACCAUGUCCUACGCAACCACGACCAUGAACCCAAACACGGGCUCGACAGCGAUGAUGUCAACCACCAAGAUGUCUACCGCCACCCCCAUGCCCAUGCACGGUGCAACCACGACCAAGACCAUGAGCCCAAACACUGCCUCGACCACGAUAACAUCCACCUCCAAAUCGUCUACCCCUGCCACCAUGCCCAUGCACAGUGGAACCACGGCCAACACCAUGAGCCCAAACACUGGCUCGACCACGAUGAUGCCCACUACUGAGAUGUCCACCGUUACCUCCACCAUGCCUGGCGUAACCAAGACCUCUACGACAAUCUCUAGCUCCAAUAAUCCGACAACGAUGAUGAUGAUGUCCAACACCACCUGGAGCAUGAUGAAUAUGACAACUCCCACAAUGAACAUGAUAUAUUGCCCUGUAUUCUCCUGUAACUGCUCAGAAUGCAAUGCGAUGUACGCCAGUCGUAAUGCCACAAUGUGUGCCAGCGGUGAAUGGUGUCAGCUGUUAAAGACGGACACGAUGUACUACAUGGCUAACUGCAGCGCCACCUGCAGUAGCGAAUGCGCCAAUGCUUCUCACAUUAACUGCGCCGUCGCCUGCUGCAAUAGCACAGGCUGCCUUGCUUCAACGUUUGCGUCCCUGAUGAUGAUGACAUCUACAGUGCCAGCAGUUGCUACGACUACCCCUGCACCCGUCACCACAACCAUGGCCCGAACCCAGCAACCAACAAUGGCGAGCGGAGACAAAUGCCACCAAGGGACAUGCACCGGCGCCACCUGUUACACCAGCUUCACCGCACUGCAGACUUGCUCCUCGACACAGCACCACUGUCAGUUGGUAAAGGAAGCGGUCAGCUCCAACACACGGUGGACAGCUGGCUGCACGGGCAACUGCUCAAGCCAGACACCUUGCAAGACCAACACAGUGCCUCCCUGCCACUUGGAGUGCUGUGACGCUGACGCCACGUCCUGCCUGUGGCUCAACGGGACGCUUAACCACUUGUCCGCGGAAGCCGCGGGACUGACGACAUCUGCGUUAUGGCUAAUGGUGGCCUUGGCCGCACUGUUUUUUCAGUUGGACCUCAUUUGAUCCUCGCUUAUCUUUUGAACGCUGGCAUUGACAGGUAUAGACGCCCAAUCCAUUUGAUCUGGGAGAGCUACCUGUUCAAAUUGAUUGGAUGUCUAGUAGGGGUGUUGCGAUACAUUCAAAUAUCUAGGUCAGGGGUGUCAAACUCAUCUUUAGUCGUAGGCCACAUCAUAGACUUCACUAUCAGUUGGAGAGACAGCUCCUACAGACAUUGCACCACAGCUUCCCAUAGGGGGCUGGGUUAGGCAGAGCGUCAUGGUGGCUUUCACUGCGAUAAAAUCAAACACGCGCUGCGUUACACGGAUUUAGGUGGAAACAGGAUGAAUAUUUUAGUACAUAAAUGCAGGCAGGAGUGUCUCAAGAGUGAUUUGGUCAAGGAUUCAAGGUAGAGUAUUUUCGCACUAUAAGGCGCACCUGACAAUAAGCCGCCCCCCAGCAAAUUUGGCACAAAACGGCAUUUGUACAUACACAAGCCGCACUGGACUAUUAGCCGCAGCUUUCCUCACUGUAUUAUGGGAUAUUUACACCAAAAGAUAUUAACCAGUAACACUUUAUUUGACAGCGGCAUCAUACGGCUGUCAUAAAACCAAAUGAACCACCAUGAAGCUUUGAACCACUUGGCUGCAAAGCUUCAUUUGGCCAUCACUGCUCCCAUGGGGGAGACAGUCAACGUCUGAUGCCAACUGCUGUCAACACCGCUGUUGUCUAACAUGCCUCCUAGCAUGCAUUGCAGCGCUACAGAUGUAAAUAACAAUCAAAAUUUGUGUUCUGUGCUAAUUAUGUCUUCAGUUAAUGUUCCAGUUGUUUCAUUAAUUGCUAGUUAUGGUAUUUGGUAACAGUUUAUUUGACAGUGACGCCGUUAGACCAUCAGAAUUAUGACAUGGCACUGUCAUGAGCAUUAAUGAAUGCUUAUAGCAGAUGCCAUUUAGUGUUAUCUCACUUUUGAAUGGAUGUAAAAGAUCCAAGCUGGACAUGAAUGGAGUUAGUGACAUAAUUUGCCAGAUGACACUUGAUGACAUCUGUCAUAAGCAUUCAGUAAUGUCCAUGAUUUUGCCAUGUCAUAACUAUACGAUCUUAUGACCAUCUUAUGACGCCGCUGUCAAAUAAAGUCUUACCUAUUGACCGAAAUAAAUCAAUAAGCCGCACUUGACUAUAAGCUGCAGGAUUUAAAAUGAAGGGAAAAAGUAGCGGCUUAUAGUCCGAAAAUUACGGUAAUUAUUCUAUUAAAUAGCAUCAUGCAUGCACUUUGAAACAUUGUGAAAUAAAAUUAAAUAAAUGGAAAAAGUUAGCAUAAGUUUAGCUUGAAAUAUUUACGUAAAAUGAAUAAUAACUGUUGUUUUUUUUUUUUGCUUUUUAACCAAGAAUUUCUUUACCUUCAUAUCUAUAGAAAGUCCAGGAUUUACGCAUUUAUUUAUGAGAAUUUUCAACUUAAAAAGCUCUUUGUUUUGUGUUGGUCGCCAUGUUGGAUUUUUUUAUCCAUACACAGCGGAAUUUUACAUUCAAAUAAUCAGGUAUUUUUUGGUCAACCGCCCUUUUUUUGGCAAAAAAAAAAAAGACAUUUCUGCGUCCAUACAAAAAAACAAUCGGUUUUAUUUUAUGUACCAUUUCAAUCUAAAAUCGACCAUGGCCAGGUAGCCGGCAAGACUUGCUGAGGCAAUAGUGAUAUCGGAAUUCAACCUAAAUAAGGUGUGAUUGUAUUUUAAAAAAUGCAAAAUUUUGCUUUUGUUGAGUAAAAUUAAGAAGAUUCUCCAUGGUUUCCUAAAGUAUUAAGGUUAUGAUGUGAAAACUGAGUGAUUUCUUAGCUGUUGAAAACAUGUCAAAAUUAAACUAAAUAGAAAAAAAAUAUCAGUCGCUAUUUCGGGCCAAAACCUAUAUGAUAUGUUAAAUAUCCUGAAAAUAUAGUUGAUUAUCUCUGCAUUUGGUGAUUUUUGUGCAUCUAGCAUAAAGUCUGAUAAUUUUACAGCCAUUUUAAGUUUUGUUACACUUGUAUAAAAAUAAUUAAUGUUGAUUUCUUUUGGGAAGGAUUUUGAAUUUUUUGAUGCCACUGCUUAUGGAGACACAUAUAUGCCUAAGGGAGGUGCCUGUUUUGGUUUUAGGUUGCUAGCUGCUUUGGUUUUGAAAAUGUUUGAAUUUUAAGUUUUUGACAAUAAGCCCCCUACGGAGCGGCCCUGCGCCCCGUUUCCCGUCAACUGAUAGUGAAGUCUAUGGCCACAUUGUAGUCUUUGGUUCCUUACGGCAUGCUAGCAGCUUUGGUUUUGAAAAUGUUUGAAUUUUAAAAUUUUUACAAAAAGCCCCCUUCGGAGCGGCCCCGUGUCCCGUUUCCCGUCAACUGAUAGUGAAGUCUAUGGCCACGUUGUAGUUUUGGUUCCUUUCGGCAAGCCAACACGCAUAAAAAUUGGACUCAUUUGGCUGUCUUUGACGGUGCUAAUGGCAGAUACAUUUUAAAAUAGAUCAGAUGUCUAGUGCCGAUAAUGACAGGUAAACUAGUAAUUUAGGGCUGCCAUGAGUAAGUGACUAAUUGAUUAGCAAAUAAAUUGUCAUCUAUUCUGAUAGUCCAUAAACUAUGGUUAUGUUGAACAUUAUUCAACCUCUACUGCAGUAUCAUGUUGUAGUAUGACAAUCAGAUCAAAUUAAAAUUGUAAAAUUGACAAUUGCAUUUGUCUAUAUUGUGCUAAGCUCCUUAUUUCACUAAUUAUAAAUAAGAUUUUAAAAAACGAAAACAAAAAAAAAAAAACAAUAAAUGUCAGCUUUGCUACAACACCUACAGUAUACUAAAUUGGGUGUUAAAUUAUAUUGAACACAAUGGUUUUUAGAGACAUUGUCGACUUUCAAAAUUGUCCAAUCCUUUUCUUUAUAGUCUCUUUGUUACAAUUCAGUAGAAUUUUUAUU